CCGCGGCAUCCACGCCCAGACUCCUUGCCUCUCGAUGAGCCAUCUGCAGUCAACCUGGACUCGUUGUUGUCUCCAACUGAAAGUGUGACGACCACAUCCCCCAUCAGAAAUUCCAGUCGCAGUUCAGAGUCCGGAGAAUCGACACCUGGCGAUGAAGUGCGUUUCUCCACGGUGCCGCUCACCUCCACCGCCGAUGCCGCUGUCUCCGGCAGACACUCCAUAGGUUCGGUGAGCUCAGUUAAGGCGAUCCGCAAGUCCAGUGUCUCCAGCACGUCAUCAAAGGAUCCCGGGUCUCCGUCACCUGAAUCAGAAACACCAGUAGAAACCCGACACAAACAUUCGUCGUCCGCGUCAUCUGCGAGCUCCCUGCCGCCCAACGUCAAUCGUCUGGAUCUGCAAAAAGUGCAGGAUGAAGAUGGCGCCUCUCGGCGGAGGAUCAGUGUAGAGGGACACCAGAUGUUGCAGGAAGGUUUCAACAAGGCUCAAUCACAGAGUCAGGGCGAAGCGGAGGUUCAGGCUCACGGUGGAGCCAUUGAUUGGGAGUUCUGGGGCGAAGUGAUGGCGGAUUAUGAAAAUUUUGCGGCUGCGAACUCUGAGAAGUUGGCACAAGCGAUUGAACGAGGAAUACCCGACGCUUUACGUGGAAUGAUGUGGCAGCUCAUGGCUGCAUCGAAAGAACCGGAGCUUGAAGCGACAUAUCUGAAGUUGUUGAAGGAUACUUCUCCUCACGAGAAAGCUAUCAUGCGGGAUUUGGGCCGUACGUUCCCUCAUCACGAAUUCUUCAACAAUGGUCAAGGCAUCGGCCAAGAAAAUCUUUUCAACGUCUUGAAGGCGUACUCGCUAUAUGACACGCAGGUGGGAUACUGUCAGGGCAUGCCGUUUCUUGUGGCCAUUCUCUUGCUAAACAUGCCAGACGAAGAAGCUUUCUGCCUACUCGUCAGGCUCAUGUACACUUAUGAUUUGCGAGGUCAUUUCCUGCCGGAGAUGCCUAAGCUGCAGCUGCGCUUGUUCCAAUUCGAAAGAUUAGUGGAAGAAAUGCUGCCUGUACUGCAUGUUCACUUCCUCCGCCAAGGAAUCAAAUCGAGCAUGUUCUGUUCGCAAUGGUUUCUCACUCUGUUCUCAUACCGGUUCCCACUCGAAAUUGUUUAUCGAAUAUACGACAAUAUUCUUGCAAAUGGUAUAGAAGCCAUCUUCGCUUUCAGCCUGGUCCUGCUGCAUUCCAACGAGCAGAAGUUACUAUCGAUGAAGUUCGACGAGAUCCUUGCUUUCCUGAAUAGCAGAGUGCUGGAGAAUUAUUUGAUGGAAGAGCGGCCUGAAACGGCGGAAUCGGGCGAAGUACGACCCAAGUACAAGGUGGACAGCUUUGUCCAGGAUGCGAUCGCCCUCAGAAUCACCCCAUUCAUGCUCGAUGCGUAUGCACACGAGUACGAAGAUAUGGUUCGAGCUCGGGACGCGCAUGCCAUCGAGAUGGACGAGCUAAGGAAUAGCAACCGGGCCCUACUAGGCCAAGUCAAACGACUUGAAGAGAACCUUGCCCAGCUUAAUACCGAGCAUGUGGAAGUUCUGAAUGAACUUGUAAAAGCAAGAUUAGAAAACGAUAACCUCGAGUCGGAGCUCGUCCGAUACAAGCUAUUGUACGCUGAGGUAAUGCAUCAGAAUGCAGACGCUAUGUCAUCACAUAGGAUGUCGGGCAGGGUAAGCCUGCACAGCACGAAAAGCAGUAGGAGCGGUGGUGGUUGAAAUUAAACCAUACAACGCUAUCUACUGAACUCCGAUAUUCCUACGGGGUGUGUGCAUACGUGAUGUAUCUGAGAUCCUUAUUUUUAGAGCUGGCAUCAUGGUAUAUAUAAAGGUAUGAUACACGGGAUUGACAUCUAUGUUGGUUGAGAGAGAUUUGGACGGCUUCAAAUACGUCGCGGUGCAAACAUAAUGUGCACUUCACGAAGUAAUCCGUUCCCCAACGCGUUCACGCCAUGUCGCUACCGUUAGAGAGUAAUCGGAUAUUCUGCGCUUCGCUUCGUCGUGCUAGCUGAUUCAACUCCGCUUUGAUCGAAGCCGUAUCCCACACUCGUUGCGUGUCGCCGAUUGCAGCCAUUAUACACGCAAUGAUGCCAGAUACCAAAGGUGCCGAGAAUGAAGUACCCUGUGUUCCACCGAGUUGGAACGUCCGUCUCUCGGGAUCAUCAGGGUGUGCGAUAGAAGGCAAGUCUUCUCCAGGAGCGUAAAUAUCGAUUUCGGGCCCGUAGUUUGAGAAACUUGAGAUGCGAUCUUGAUGAUCAGUAGAGCCGACAGUAAUGAC